UCUCUUUUUCUGGUUUCCGCAUGAAGGCAAUGCACCACACGCGGAGCACCGGCGGUUUAGUGUGGUCCUUGUCCGCGCCGGUCUGCCGACUCCUCUGCCACCGCUGGCAUUAUGGGCACCAACUCCCGUUCCUGGUGAGGGUUGCACACCGCCUCUCCCGCGGCCACUCGCUGGUGCAGCGGGACCAGCCCCCCCUGCUUGGCUACCGCCCCGCCCAGGACGUUGGCCGCCGACGCCGGCACCACCUCUACCACCGCUCAGAGUUUGGCUAUCGCCCCGCCCAGGACGAUGACCGCCGACACCGGCACCCCUACCUCUACAACCGCUCAGAGUGCGCGCAGGUCUGCCACCUCCUCUGCCGCCGUUGGCGUGAAGGGCACCAACUUCCGUUGUGAGGGUUGCACACCGCCCCGCACAGGGACUCGGCCGCCGACACCACCCCUCGCGCGGCCGCUCACUGCAGCAGGGGGACGAGCCCCCCGUGCUUGGCUACCGCCCCACCCAAGAACGUGACCGCCGACGCUGACGCCGACACCACUGCCUCUACCACCGCUCAGAGCGCUCACAGCAGACCCACUUUCUUGGAUACCACCCCCUACAGGACCUGGACCCCAAGCUGCGCAAGAUAGAGCAGAUAGCGUGUCCUGCUGCAUGAGUCCCACACCGCUCGCUGUAGUUCUUGGAGCAGGUAGAGGAGGUGCUGAUGCUUCACUAGAUCCUGGCUGCUGUACUAAACUGGCAGUGCUAGAUAGUUCAGUGCUACGGUGGUUGACCGUUCCUCCUU